AUGUUCACCCUGGGAAUAUGGCUGCUGGUACUGUGGUCUGCCAAGGGGGUGGAUGAAGCAUCGGCCAAAGCAAUCCAACAGACAACCGCUGAAUUUAACAAGGAAUAUAAUGACUCUGUGAACAAUGACAUACAAAGUAUAUAUGCCUUCAACCAUACCAUGCUAAGAAACAAGACUGAAGGGGUCAGAGUUUCUGUUAAAGUGCUGCCGAAUCAGAAGGGAACACCAUUGCUUUUUGGCGUCCGACAGAAGGAAGCAGUUGUGUCUUUCCAAGUACCUCUUACCCUCAGAGGACUAUUUCAGCGGAAUUACCAGUACCGGGAUGUUGGACGCACACUGUGCCAACCACCAACCAGAGCAGAGGCAGAGACGGAGUCCUUCUAUGUGGAUGUUUCCACCUUGGCGGAGAAAAAUAUCACCUACCUUCUACGUGUCACACACGUGGAGAAUUUUGUACUGCGGACAAAAGAACGGUUCAGUUUUAAUGCAACUCCUGCUCAGCCUCAGUAUUUUAAAUAUGUGUUUCCUGCGGAGGUGGACUCUGUGAUUGUAAAGGUUUCUUCUCCGUCUGCCUUCCCCUGUUCUGUCAUCUCCAUUCAAGAUGUUCUGUGCCCAGUAUAUGACCUUGAUAAUAAUGUGGCUUUCACCGGCAUGUAUCAGACAAUGACCAAAAAAGCUGCUAUCACAGUGCAGAAAAAGGAUUUUAACAAAGGUGGUUUCUAUGUUGUCGUCGUUGUAAAGACAGAGGAUGAAGCCUGUGGUGGAGCCCUGCCUUAUUAUCCCUUUAAUCCAGAUACCCCUAUAGAGCCUGGAGAACGCCAAAAGAUGCUGGAAGUCUUGGUCAGCCCUGCCAUAAGCAGGACUACUUAUGUUGGCGGGAUGCUGUUCUGCUUAGGUGUUUUCUUGUCUUUCUACAUAUUUGCACUACUUAUAUAUUGUUUGGAGCAAUGGAGAAGAAACAAGAAAGACACAGGCUUGCUGCAUUCUGUGGGUGCUCUGAAUGAUGAAACAGCCUCACUGCUCGGAAAAUCUGCUAUAGCACAAAAAUAUGAUGGCUGCGGGUAUGGCUCACUGGCAGAGAACAGUUUAGUGGGAAGUCCAGAAGAUUGUACAGACAGUCCGGUAUCUUCAGCAGAGGCUUCAUACAGUUAUACAGAUAAAUCUCUUGAGAAUCUUGUGUCCCGUCCAAGGUUGGAGUCUCUGAGUUCUGUAGAGGAGGAUGAUUAUGACACACUGACUGACAUAGAAUCUGAUAAGAAUGUUAUCAGGACAAAGAAGUAUCUUUGUGUUUCUGACCUCGCAAGAAAAGACAAACGCGUGAUGCGCAAAAAGUACCAAAUAUAUUUCUGGAAUAUCUCCACAAUUGCGGUGUUUUACGCCCUACCUGUCAUACAGCUUGUUAUAACGUACCAAACGGUGGUGAAUGUAACCGGGAAUCAAGACAUUUGCUAUUAUAAUUUCAUGUGUGCUCAUCCCCUUGGAUCUCUUAGUGCAUUUAACAACAUUUUAAGCAACCUAGGGUACAUCAUGUUGGGGUUGCUUUUCCUAAUCAUUGUGCUGCAGAGAGAGCUAAGUUAUAACCGUAACCGCAUGUACACCAGGGGACAGCUGGAGGAAUGUGGGAUUCCCAAACACUUUGGUCUUUUCUAUGCCAUGGGCACUGCUCUGAUGAUGGAGGGACUACUCAGUGCAUGCUAUCAUGUGUGCCCCAACUAUACCAACUUCCAGUUUGAUACUUCCUUCAUGUAUAUGAUUGCUGGUCUCUGCAUGCUGAAGUUGUAUCAGAAAAGGCAUCCUGAUAUUAAUGCCAGUGCAUACAGUGCAUAUGCCUGCCUAGCCAUUGUUAUCUUCUUCUCCGUCCUCGGUGUGGUAUUUGGGAAAGGAAAUACCAUUUUCUGGAUUGUAUUCUCUGUGAUCCAUAUAGUGUUUACUCUGGUUCUGAGCACUCAGCUGUAUUAUGUGGGUCGCUGGAGGCUAGAUUCUGGAAUUAUUCGCAGGAUCCUUCAGGUUCUAUACACAGAUUGUGUUCGCCAGUGUAGCCCCCCAAUGUAUGUGGACCGCAUGGUGCUACUUGUCAUGGGAAACAUCAUAAACUGGUCUUUGGCUGCAUAUGGCCUUAUUGUACGUCCUAACGAUUUUGCCUCAUAUCUUCUCGCCAUUGGAAUUUGUAACUUGUUACUAUAUUUUGCCUUCUACAUUAUCAUGAAGCUACGCAGUGGGGAGCGUAUACUUCCUGCCCCACUGAUUUGUAUCAUCUGUACGUCUGUGGUUUGGGGAUUCGCUCUGUUCUUCUUCUUCCAGGGGCUCAGCACUUGGCAGAAAACCCCAGCUGAGUCUCGUGAACACAACAGAGAGUGCAUAUUGCUUGGAUUCUUCGAUGAUCAUGACAUCUGGCAUUUCCUCUCCUCCAUUGCUAUGUUCGGUUCCUUCCUUGUUUUGCUGUAUCUGGAUGAUGAUCUGGAUGCCGUAGAAAGAGACAAAAUUUUUGUGUUCUGA